CAGGCACACUACGAGAUCAAGUGUAGGAGUGUGUGUUUGUUUGUGUGUCUGAGAGAGACAGAUACAGAGAGACUCAUUGGAAAACCACUGUAUUGUGAAGCCAAUAGUAUCCUCUAGUAACACAGAAAAAAGAGCAGCGUGUUUUCUCAGAGGAGUUGCAGGAAAAGUCUGAGAGAAGAGAAGGAGUGAGUGUUGGAGGAAGAAAAAAAGAGACUGAGACAAGCCCCCCACCUUCACCAGAGAGCAGGAGGUAAACCGCCGGUAAGCAAAUACUAAUGACCUGACAAAAUAAAAAACGGGGAGCCGCGUAUCAGAGGGGCCCGGACACAUAUACACACACAGCCACACGCACAUGCAAGACGAGCCCCCCUCACUGCUCUCCACUCCCUCAUGAUCAUCUCUCCCUCCACACGCAGACACAAGGGCCGCACUGACACAUCCAAGGGAGUGGAGGAGUGAAGAGGACACUUGCCGCAGGACUUUGUCAAAGUAAAAGUCUUCCUUGGAUUGUUUUUUGUUUUUGUUUUUUCACGCUGAAGCCAGAAUCCUACUUUUGUGCUGACCUUUCCACGUACUCCUCCCCCCCCCCUACCCCUGCCAGGAGCAAAGAUGAGCUGCAGGAAAAGGUGCAAGCGGGAGAUCUUCAAGUUCGCACAGUACCUGUACAGACUUGUCACGGGCACGCUCAACACCGACAGCGUUGAAGAUGAGCUUGAACUGUCUACAGUCCGCCAUCGCCCCGAGGGCCUGGAGCAACUGGAAGCCCAGACAAGUUUCUCCCGAAAGGAGCUACAGAUCCUUUACCGCGGCUUCAAGAAUGAAUGCCCCAGUGGAGUCGUCAACGAAGAAACUUUUAAAGACAUCUACGCACAGUUCUUCCCACAAGGAGAUGCUUCAACGUACGCGCAUUUCCUGUUCAAUGCAUUUGACACAGAUCACAAUGGCUCUGUGAGUUUUGAGGAUUUUGUUAUGGGCCUUUCUAUCCUUCUGCGAGGCACAAUCCAGGAAAAACUCAACUGGGCUUUCAACCUGUAUGAUAUCAAUAAAGAUGGAUAUAUCACUAAAGAGGAAAUGCUAGACAUCAUGAAGGCCAUCUACGACAUGAUGGGAAAAUGCACAUACCCUGUCCUCAGAGAGGAGACGCCUCGUCAGCAUGUAGAAGUAUUCUUUCAGAAGAUGGAUAAGAAUAAAGACGGAGUGGUAACCAUCGACGAGUUUAUCGACUGCUGCCAAAAUGAUGAAAACAUCAUGCGAUCAAUGCACCUCUUUGAAAAUGUUCUUUAACUUUUGGCUGACUGCGGAGGCUUUGGAAGAGAACAUCAUCUUUAGCUUGGCCCAAUAACUGACAUGGACUCAUACUGUGUACAGUGUGCUAUGCAGACUUUUGAUCAUACAUAAAAAAAUAUUGUUCAUUACUGUGGGCUAGCAAGUAGAAGUAGGCAAUAUGGUGCGAACACUCUGGAAUGAGUUGCAUUUUGACAAUUUUAUUGAAUAAAAACUUUGUUAGAUAAAAAAAAAAAAUAAAAGAGGAAAAAAGUGAAAAUGAAAACGUAAACCCUUAAUGGUCUUCACCAUUAGUCUCUGGAGUGUCUUUCUAUUCUGCAAACUGCAUUAUGGAAACACACACGGGAAAAAGAGAUUUGCGUUGAAGGGGUUUUUAGAGAGAAUGCUUCUAUCUCUGCAGCCUUGACUUUUAUUUACUGCCAAGUGGAAUCACUGUGAAUUUUUACAGCAUACAAAAACCAGAACAAAAUACCUGAGGUAACUUCACACCCCUCUCAGUUUUUACAUUCCAGACUGGCUCUCAAUUCCAGAGUGUUCUUACCCCGACUUAGUUACCCAUUGUGGCUGGUCUUUUUUUUUUUUUUUUUUUUUUUGCUCUUUCAAGGAAGCAUUUAGGAAAAAAGAAAACAUACAUUGUACCAUUUUUAAAGUGUAUAUACUAUAGAUAGAGCAUUAGAUAAAAACUCUGAGAAACUUUUCAACUUUGUUCAUGUUUACUUGCCAACUAGAAUGAGACAACACAAGGAUUGUAUUGAUGUCAAAAUCGGACCAUAAUAUCAAUGGUUUCUCUACAGAAGCACACAGGUAACUAUAUUUCCCAUGAGCAUAGAAUUAGACGACGGUAUCUUUUGUCAUAAGAUCAGUGCUGCUUUCAGUGUAUUUCAUUUAACUGUAUGUAUAUUUCCUGUAAAGUAAACCAUCUAUCAAUAUGUUUUGUUUUUUUUGAAGCACUGUUUAGGAGUUUACACUAAGAGCAGUGUUUGAGGUUAUUUAUAUGGUAUUAUGGUCAUUGUACAAAAGAUUGUUGGUUGUACAGUAUUAAAUGAAAGUUUGCUCUCGGGUGAAUUUCAGGUCUUAAGAUUUGUUCAUAUAAUUCACUGUUUUUAUUGUGAAAGGGCAGUGGGGUUUGGUUGUUGAUGCAAACACUGUAACUUUGUAUUAUACACACUUUUUGGGGGUUGUCGGCUAAUACGCUUUCUGCAGUUUUCCUCCUCCUCGUCCUGUGGGCCAAAGUCCAGCUGCCCUCACCUAUUCAGCCUGAUCAGUUCCUGCUGCCUGUGAUUAAAGCAUUGCUUGGCCCCAAAUGUGAGCAAACACAAGGCAUGCUGGGUAGAAUCUCACUAACUGACUUCCUGUUGCUCGUUGGAAACUACUGGAGACGUGUCUGGACAUUAUGUAAGUGAGUUACUGAGUGUUUCAAUCUGACUUUUUCUUCUUCUUUUUCCACAAUGACUUUGAUAUUGGAUACAAGAAGUAGCCAUCAAACCAGGAAACCCCAAUUCUGAUAUACACUUGAGAAUUGGUUGAUGUUUGGGGAAUUCGUUGACAGUUUAUCAUGAUGGUUUUCAAUCAGUGUUCACACAGUAUUUUCCUACACUGUAUAGUCACAAACAUAAAACAUUAUCCUCAGUGAGGCAUGUUGGCCAUCCAUUCGUUUAGUAAAAUUAGCACAUUUUUCUCAAUUAUUUUCUUUUUACUCAUGUUAUUGGAGAUAAUGUGUAUAUCUCCAUCAAAAAAAUGCCAUUUUCUUCCUGUGAUUUUUGUUUGUGUGCCUUACGGUUUGUAAAAAUGUGAUACGUUUGUUUGGUUGGCAACUGCGUUUUUAUUCUCAGAAAUAUAAUUAUGAAAAGUAACUGCUUAAAUGGAGCGAAAACAAAUGUUUGCAACAUUACCCACUUCUGAAUAGAUCUACAAUAUAUCCCAGUGGAUGUUCUUUCUGAAAAUAAUAUAGCAUUUCUACAUUUCUUCUGUAAAUAAUAUCCAAAAGUCAGCUAUCUCUGACAAAAGUGAAACAAAUAAACUAUUCACCUUAAACUUUCAAAUGUGUGUUAAAUUACUUAAUACUCUUAAGUAACACAAUUUAAAUCUGUAGAAUAUUGCACGUUUGCACAUGAUUAUCAAAAUCACAUCAGUGUGCUAUAAUAGUGCCACAUACAAUUCUUCAGAUUUUGUAUUUGGUAAACAUCAGAGAGGGAAAUGUUUUAUAGUGCUGCUGUGGUCUGUACACAUUAAUAGUACAUUCUAAAAUCCACAUUAUUGGAUCACUUGCAUACAGGGCCACACUGAAUCUGCUGAUGCAGAAUUCCGCAGAUUUUUUUGCAGAUUUAAAAAAUAAAUAAAUUAAACUCAUAAGCUGAAAAAGAGUCCGCUAGAUUCUGCAGAUUUUCCUUCUGGAUCACCGCCGAAAACUGUAAAAUAAAAUAUAUAUAUUAAAACAUUUUACUCUGGCUGUAAUUUUGGAAACUUACACUUAAAUUCAGAACAAUUAACGUUCUAGCUUUGCAAGUCUUACAUGACAUGUAUUGUAAUAUCUCAUGGUGCAUGCUUUAUAAACCAGAUUAGCAGAUCACAUUGUGGAUCAAAAAGUGUAUUAUUCUGAAUAGUCUCUGAAUGAAGAACAAUCAUCUGACGCCCCCUCAUGGGGGCAAGAGGACAACACACACUAGGACAAAAAUACUAUUUGCCAACUGGAUUAAAUCUCAUGAAAUAAGAAACAAAAUGAAUCUUGUUUGAUGUGUGUAUAUUACUUUUAGUGUUCAUUUUGGACUGUGUCCUUGUACUUGAAUUUUAAUUUUAAUAAUUUUUGUAAUUGUAAACUAUCCAAAAUUGAAUCUUGGACACUGUACAGUAGAUUUAAUGACAAAGAUGACCACCGAUCAGCAGACUGAAUGUGCACAUUUUGAUUAAGGUUACCUUAGGUACAGUACUGUAAGGAAGUAUGUCAAUUACAUUUUACAUUGAAUAUAUUUUCUUUGAAAACAA